AUGGCCGUGGGGGACAAAGACAUGCCCUCAGCAGAUGAGCUGCAUGGGGAGAGCUUUAUGAAGGCGUUUCCUCAGGUGAAACAGGACCUUGAGGAUCGUAUCCGAAAGCUCUACGCACUUGCUGAUGCGGUUGACAAGGUGCACAAGGACUGCACCAUCUCCAAAGUGGUAGCCUCUUCCACCGGUGUUCUGUCUGGCAUUCUGACCAUCGUUGGCCUGUCUCUUGCACCUGUGACAGCAGGGGCUAGUCUGGUGCUUUCGGCAACUGGGGUGGGACUGGGGGCAGCAGCUGCUGUGACUGGUGUGACCGCUGGCAUCAUGGAGUACUCAAAGGAUGCGUCAGCUAAAGCCAAAGCCAGCCGCCUAUUGUCAAAUGGCAGCGACACAGAGAAGGUAGUUGUAAAGGUUCUACGUCGCAGCACACCCAAAAUUGCUUCCUUAGCACAGAGGUGCAUCCAGUCCCUGCUAGGCAUUGUGAAGAAUGCCCGUGCCUUCGAGCUGGCCACAUCCAAUCCUCUCUUAGCAGCCAAGACCUCGCGCUUCCUGCGCACGGGGGCAGUCUCAGCCCGAAGCGGCAAGCAGCUGCAGAAAGCCUUUGGAGGCACUGCUUUGGCCAUGAACAAAGGAGCCAGGGUCUUUGGUGCAGCCACGGCAGGUGUAUUCCUUCUCAUGGAUGUAAUUCAGCUAGUGAAAGAGUCAAAGCACUUACAUGAGGGCGCAAAGGCUGAAUCGGCAGAAGAGUUGAGGCAGCAGGCCCAGGAGCUGGAGAGGAGGCUGGGAGAACUCACCCGCAUUCACGAAAGUCUACAGGAGGCAGAGCUGGAGCGGAGCAACAAGCAGUUCCACACGAAGAUGGACGACCUCAUGAGCUCCAAGGACGACGUGGGCAAGAGUUGGCAGGUCCAUGAGCGGGAAAAGUCUAAGCGGGCCCUGGAUCAGCAGGUGGAGGAGAUGAAGACCCAGCUGGAGGAGCUGGAGGAUGAGCUUCAGGCCAUCGAGGAUGCCAAGCUGUGGCUGGAGGUGAACCUGCAGGCCAUGAAGGCCCAGUUCGAACGGGACCUGCAGGGCCGGGACGAGCAGAGCGAGGAGAAGAAGAAGCAGCUGGUCAGACAGGUGUGGGAGAUGGAGGCAGAGCUAGAAGUUGAGAGGAAGCAGCGCUCACUGGCAGUGGCCGCGGGGAAGAAGCAGGAGCUGGACCUGAAGGACCUGGAGGCCCACAUCGACUCGGCCAACAAGAACCGUGACGAAGCCAUCAAACAGCUGCGGAAGCUGCAGUCCAUCUCACAGACGGAGACUCAGGCACAGCAGUUGAGUGGGAACAAACAGUCUGAAAGCUACUUGACCAAGAUCUUUAGGAUUAAAACAGACGGCAGGAGAAGAGUAAAGGAAAUGUGA